UCACGCGCCGCCUGCUCUCUCCCCCCACCCCCCCCCCUCGCGAGAUAGAUAACCCUAGCUCCCUUCCCCUUCCUUCCCCUCCUCUCCAACCCCGCUCCUGAUCUCUAUAAAAGACCUCGAAUUUCGAAAUCCCGCUCGAACCCGCGUCCCGCGCGCUCCUUCCCGCCCCAUUUCGGCCCCGGAUCGGCGCGGAUUCGCGGCGCGGAGCCGCCGGGUGCUGCGUGCGCGAUCCCGAUGGCGGAGCCUGGGCUCGAGGGCAGCCAGCCGGUGGAUCUGUCCAAGCACCCCUCCGGCAUCGUCCCCACGCUCCAGAAUAUUGUAUCAACAGUUAAUUUGGAUUGUAAACUUGACCUCAAAGCCAUAGCUUUGCAAGCACGCAAUGCAGAGUAUAACCCAAAGCGUUUUGCUGCAGUCAUCAUGAGAAUAAGAGAACCCAAAACCACGGCACUGAUAUUUGCAUCGGGCAAAAUGGUCUGUACUGGAGCAAAGAGCGAACAACAAUCUAAGCUUGCAGCAAGGAAGUAUGCUCGUAUUAUUCAGAAACUUGGCUUUCCAGCUAAAUUCAAGGACUUCAAGAUUCAGAAUAUCGUUGGCUCUUGUGAUGUCAAGUUUCCAAUUAGGCUUGAGGGCCUUGCAUAUUCGCAUGGUGCCUUCUCAAGUUAUGAACCAGAACUGUUUCCUGGUCUGAUCUAUCGGAUGAAACAACCAAAGAUUGUUCUAUUGAUUUUUGUUUCAGGCAAGAUUGUUUUGACUGGCGCAAAGGUGAGAGAGGAGACGUACACUGCCUUUGAAAACAUCUAUCCUGUACUGACAGAGUUCCGAAAAGUUCAGCAAUGAUGGCUCGGAGAUCACGUACUCCUAAUUACAAGCUUCCUUGAGGUUUUUCUGUUGUGGCCAUAACUUUAACUGUACAUUAAAAGUCUGGAGGAGCUUAUAGUAUCUUGUAAUUUAUGUAUGCUUCGGUGUGUGUUGUGGUUGGGUGGGUUUGUUAUGGAAGGUGGUGGAACCGUGGAAGACUUGUCUGGGGUUGGUCUGUUUGGGUAGGCCUUAGUGAUCGGGUACACCUUAUCAUGUGUCAUUUGAGUAGUUUGUGUGAACUGCAAGGUACAUGCAUGUCCCAUGUGGUUGCAGUGUUAACUCAAGUACUAACAAGAGUAGAGAAAUUUUGCCCUAGUUUGUCUUUGAGACAUGAGUCCCUUAAAAGUCUUUUCUGAGUAUCUUUCAGUGUGCUGUGCAAUGAUGAAAAGGCUGCAGUGUAUGUUGGGGCAACCACUAUGUACUGUUGGAACUUGGAACUGUGACUGAUAAUAAGUUCUGUUGUAUUUGAGACUUCGGGCAGUGGGCUGAUCCUGUUGGCUA